AUGCAGAUACCUAUCAAGAUACCAGGAGGACCAGGCCAGUGUCCGGAGUGGGCUAUCAUUGACCUCCAGGGAGGGUUGGAGACCAGAAACAACGUUUCUCUCAAUGGACGUUUCAUUGGUGAUCUUCAUUUUACACACAAGAAUGUUCCUGUACUCAUCAUAGGUCAUCAUAUUCUGUAUGGAAAAUUAUGUGAUCUUGAGAAACCGUUUGCUGUGCUGACAAAGAAACACUCAGACAAUGAUGAAAUGCCAGAUCAGAAUAGCACAGAUCAGUUACAUACAGACAUUCAUUAUCUUGUGAAGGCUAUCAUACGAAAAAGACUUCUGUUUAAAACACGGCCAAAACCGAUUAUUGCUAAUGUGCCUAAGAAAUUGUGA